AUGGGUUGCGCCAACUCAAAGCUCGAUGAAUUGCCGGCGGUGGCUUUGUGCCGGGAGCGGUGCACUUUCCUAGACGAGGCCAUACACCAACGCUACGCCUUGGCUGAAGCCCACGCGGCUUAUCUUCACUCACUCAAGGCUGUCGGCAUUUCGCUCGAUCGAUUUUUUAAUCAUGAUAUUCCGGGACCGUCUUCGCCGGUUCUUAACCUUCCGGCUCAACGGAAAGGUGAACCACCUGAACCUUCUGGUUCACCACCGGAAAAGAUUCACCACCUUCGCUCUCACUCCGACUCCGGUUCGCAUCUUCACUUUCACUCUGACUCCGAAGAUGAAGAGGAUUCCGGUUCGGAAUCGCUACAUCAUUAUGAUGCGCCGUCCCCGGUUCCUUCGUACGGUGGUCCCAUUGAUUACAUGCCGGAUUACGAAACUCUUCAGGCAGGUGGAAAGUUUACGAAUAUGAAUUAUAUGAAGAAGCAAACGAUACCGUCUGUUGUGUAUGAGCAACGGCCGAUGAUCCCAGAAACUAUGCAUAUAGGUGAAUCUUCUACUUCCUCUUCGUAUCCUUCUGCAAAUAAUAUUCAGAACCCACCUUCGUAUCCUUAUUAUUAUAAUAAUAAUAUUGAUAAUUACGGCAAUUAUCCGAAUAUGGGUCCUGGAGGUGGGUUAUUCGGUUCUUCGUUGCCACCUGCGCGUUAUAGCGGCUUGUCAUCUCCGUCUGAUGGGGCAGUUGCUACGUCCAGUUCAAAAGCGCCUCCACCUCCCCCGUCGCCACCAAGGAGUUCGACCUGGGAUUUUUUUAACCCGUUUGAGACCUUUGAGAUGUAUAAUCCGCCUUACACUCCGAGCCGGGACUCAAGGAAAGUGAGGGAGGAAGAGGGGAUACCUGAUUUGGAAGAUGAUGACGAUGAAGUCGUGAAGGAAGUUCACGGAAAUCAAAAGUUUGUGGAUAGCGGAAGGAGUAGUUAUUCGAAGGCAGGAACUGCUGGAGCGGCCAAUGAGGUGGAUGAUGAGAGGGUGCUGAAUGAUGAUGAGUCACCAUAUAAAGCGAAGACAAGAGUCGGAAUGGAGAGUGAUCCAGUGGAGUAUGAAGUGCAUAUGGUGGAUAAGAAGGUGGUUGAUGAUGAGGACAGGUCAAAAAAUGGGGGAAAUGUGGCUGGAUUUAAUGCCCGGGGUGGUUUCAAGGUUGAUUCCGAGGUUGUGAAAGAAAUUCAAGUUCAAUUUGAACGAGCUUCAGAGUCUGGAAGUGAGCUUUCUAAGUUGCUUGAGGUCGGAAAGCUUCCCUAUAAACACAAGCAUGGUGGCCGUCAUGUUUCUUCCAAGAUAUUGCAGUUGCCGGGGGUAGCAUCACAUACCUUAACUUCCAGAAGCUCGGAGAAUGAAAAUGCUGAUCCUAACAUGGAUGUUGAGCAAAUUGUGGGUUCAGGCUCCAGAAACAUUUCAUCUACUUUGCAUAAGCUGUACCUUUGGGAGAAGAAACUGUAUGAAGAAGUGAAGGUUGAGGAGAAAAUGAGGGUCUUCCAUGAUAGGAAAUCACAUAAACUGAAGCGUUUGGAUGAAAGGGGUGCUGAAGCUCAAAAAAUUGAUGCCACAAGAGCUUUAAUUAGGAGUUUAUCCACAAAAAUUAAAAUUGCGAUUCAAGUUGUCGAUAAAAUCUCAGUGAAGAUAAAUGGUUUGAGGGACGAUGAGUUAUGGCCCCAGCUAAAUGAAUUCAUUCAAGGGUUAACCAGGAUGUGGAAAUCCAUGCUUGAGUGCCAUCACAAUCAAUGUCAAGCAAUUGGGGAAGCCAAACGGUUAGAUGCCAUUGCAUUACGCAAACACUUCAGUGAUACUCAUUUGGAAGCCACUCAACAGCUUGAACGCGAUCUUAUUAAUUGGACACUAAGAUUCUCUUACUGGAUUGGUGCCCAAAAGGGUUACAUUCGAGCAUUGAAUAACUGGCUUAUGAAAUGCAUCCUUUAUGUUCCCGAAGAAACACCAGAUGGAAUAGUUCCCUUUUCCCCUGGUAGGAUUGGUGCUCCCCCCGUGUUUGUAAUAUGUUACCAGUGGUCCCAAUCACUGGCGGGAAUUUCUGAGAAAGAAGUGGUUGAUUCAAUGCGAGAUUUUGCCACAAGUGUGCUUCAGCUCUGGGAUCGGGAUAAGUUGGAGAUGAGACAAAGGAUGUUAGCAAACAAGGACGAGAGAAAAGUUAAGGGCCUGGAGAGGGAAGACCAAAAGUUACAAAAGGAAAUUCAGGCAUUAGACAAAAGAAUAGUUCUAAUUUCUGGGGAUGACAGUGGUAUGCCAUUAACUGGACGUGCUGUGUAUCAGAGUGAGACCAGCAAAAGUGGAAGUCUUCAGGCAAGUCUGCAACAUGUUUUCAAGGCCAUGGAGAAGUAUACGGCUGACUCUUUGAAAGUCUACGAGGAACUGUUACAGCGCACUGAAGAGUUAGAGGACCAUCUUGCUCGAGAGCAUGAACAAAUUGCUGUACUAGUAAAAGCCACAGCGUUUCUAUCGUCCAACAAGGAAUGA